AUGACUCUGACGCCGGCCGAGCAAGAAACACUACGCUUUUGGUGCCACGAGUGCGGCGUCGGAGUGGAGACGCGCGUCGAAGAGUCUAGUGGGGAGAUUUGCUGUGUGCAAUGUGGCAGUAACUUUGUGGAGGAGAUCGAAGAGGAUGAUCCACCGCAAAAUUUUCGAAUUGAAUAUAUCGAAGAGACGCCGGCGCAGAUAAGUGGAGCUUUCUCGGGAGAAGGAGCUAAUGUCCAAGCUGAGAUUCACAAUGAGUUCGGCGAAACUCGUCCCCUGCCGCGCCUUACAGGUCGAGCGGUACGGUUCCCUGCUUCGAAUGAACGAGAUGGACACUUGCCGCUACCUACUCUGUUCCAAUUUAUGUCGGACGCUACUGGUAAUGGACGGGGUACGCGCUUCAUGAGUAGCACGGGGAACCCCGUCGAGUUUUACGUCAGUGAGUCGGGAGAAGGAGGAGCAGGGGAUGCGCUUGGCAUUUUGGACACUUUGGGUGGCAUGUUCCCGAUGCUUGCUGGCAACGCGGGCGACUAUGCAUUUGGCAAUAUGGCUAACGUAAUCAACCAACUCAUGCAACACGACCCGAACCGGCAUGGAGCUCCUCCUGCCGCGAAAGAAGUCGUGGAAAUGCUGCCGAAGGUGAAAGUAACUCAGAAUGAAGUAGAUGGGAGCGCUGAAUGCCCUGUCUGCAAGGACUUAUUCGCUGUCGACGACGAGGUUCAUUGCCUACCGUGCAAUCACUCCUUUCACCCCGACUGCAUCGUGCCUUGGCUGAAGCAGCACAAUUCGUGUCCACUUUGUCGAUUCGAGCUGCCUACAGAUGAUCCUGAUUAUGAGCGACGGCGUGCGGCAUCUUCGUCCACGUAG